AUGGCUGCUUGGGUGGUGUUGCUGCCGCCGGGACUGGUGAAGCACGUGGAUGCGAUGCUGCGCGAGAAGAAAGAACGACGCGAUGUUGUCGCUGCUCACCGACAGUACGAUAUGUUGUAG